GAAAGGAUUUGUUCCAUAUUUGCUCAGAAGCAUCCUAGAGGGAAGGAGAACAAGAUGGCUAAUCCAGUCAAGAUGAUAACAUUUGACGUGACCAACACUAUCCUGAGGGUACUCGGAGGGGUUGGUCAGCAGUAUGCCCAGAUCUCCAAACUGUACGGCGUGGAAUUGGAUCCAGUCAAAAUCAACCAGGCCUUCAAAACACAUUGGGCGAGACAGAACCAACAACAUCCAAAUUUCGGAGCAGAGGAAAACAUGGCCUCCCACCAUUGGUGGCAAGAUCUUGUCAAGAAAACUUUUGUUGAUGCUGGUUACCAAGGAAACGACAGCACAAUUUCAACAAUUUUCACACAUUUGUAUAUACAUUUCGGAACAUCCAAUGGAUGGGAGGUUCUUCCAGGGGCAGAUCAGACAUUACAGAAUCUGAAAAACAGCGGUGUCAAAUUGGGAGUUAUUUCAAAUUUUGAUGAACGUUUGGAGACAAUUCUGAAUAAAAUAGCUUUAAAACAUCACUUUGAUUUUGUGAUCUCCUCAAAAGAGUUCAAAAUUGCCAAACCAGAUGUUAGGAUUUUCCAGGAAGCUCUUAGACUCGGAGAGUGUCCAGCUUGUCAAUCUCUCCAUGUUGGUGAUCAUUUUCACAAUGACUACUGCGGAGCCAGGGAAGCAGGCUUGACUGGAGUUCUAUAUCGCAAGGACAUGAACAACCUACCACAGGAAGUGGAUAAACAUUACGUUGUAUCAAAUUUGGAUGAAUUGUCUCGAUACUUAAAGUAAAUAGAACACUGUGAAAAAGUAUAGACUGAUAAGCUCUUUGCAAAUAGAACAUUAUAAACACAUAAUACAUAUGUGUAUAUCUCAAGUAUUAGAAAGAAAAUCUCAGAUUUCAGUAAUUUAGUCCCAAUUCAACCUUUCAUCAAGAUUCAUGGUGCAUCCGAGAACAGUUAUGACCUCAACCUCAAGAUACAUGUUGGGCAGUCGCCAGGUUCAGGCCAUAGGUUGGUGUUUUUUCAUCGGGAACUUUGGCUAUCCUCCACCAUCAAAACCUGGCACAUCCUUAUAUGACCAUAGCUGUUGAUAGCAUCAUGUAAAACACAAACUAUUAGGCAAAAUGUCUCGAUAUUUUCUGACAGCUGACUUUACUGACUCAGCACAUUUUGGCUGAGUGAGGUAUUUACAGCGGCACAGAGUAGCUCUAAGACACUGGUCAUUCGCACCCUUAAUUUGCUUAACAAAGCUAACAGACAUUUUCUAAAGCUUUCAAAAUAAAUUUUCAAUUACUGUUUGUGUUCAAACGAUACUUAGAUUUUCUCAUAGUGAAAACUUUGGUAAUCAGCCUUUAAAACAACUUCACUCAGAUACAAACUAAUCAGGAACAUUUUUCACUUUUCGUCGGUAAGCUGUUAUAGCUUUACAUUGAGGUAAAGGUUUUAUGAAAGUUGAUAUGCAACAUUCUUGUCCAUUAUAGUGGUGCUAAUUACUUACCUGUAUGUAUGUUAUGUGUUAUAUAUUGAGCUGUUCAAAACAAACAUAUCGAAUCAUGUCAGCAUUGAUCCUAGCCAAAAUGUGUACCAGUCGGAUAUCUUCAAUAAGAUUCAUCAGUUUGAAAAUAUGUGAUAUCAAAGUUUUACUAACAAUGUACCUAUUAAAUGUGUUGCAAAGUUUCAAGACCGACUGGUCCCUUUGUCAAGCUAUGACUGAGUGAACGAUUUCUAUGUUUUUACCAGUACA